AUGUCGCGCAGGACGCCGGCGACGAUCUUGCUUCUCGUGGCCUCGUUGCUGCUGCUGCUGGCGUCGCUGGACGUCGCCUCGAGCUCGCCGCUCAUCGUCGAGGAUGACAUAAGCAACUCGGAUCAUCGCUCGGCCGAGAGCCAACAGGACCACCGGGUCACCUUCGAGGACUCGUUCGAGGAGUCGAGCGGACUCGACUACGACCACACGGACGAGCCCCUGGGCAGGACCCUGCUGUUGCUCAAGCUGCUCAAGCAAAAGUUUCACAAGCUGCAGCAGCUGCAGCACAUCCCGACGCCGUCUCACUCCAACUUCCUCGGCUGCAUCUGCGUGCCCUUUUACCUCUGCAACGCCAACGGGACCAUCAUCAACGACGGAAGUGGCGUAAUCGACUACAGGCACAAUAACAGAAAGUGCAAUGCUGCAUCCGAGGUCUGCUGCUACCUGCGGGCAACUGCAGCACCACCGCCUACGGUACCUGCCCCGACUAUUCCAACGACCACGACCACUACCACUACGACGACUACUACACCAAAACCGACCGUGACCAUACCGACAACUGUAGCAACGACGACGACGACGACGACGACGACUACUCCGAGGCCAGCAAUCGUGAAUCUCUGCUACGACGUGCGUCAACAGAUCUACGUAAACCCGUGCUUCGGCACAUUUUAUUGUUGCAAUGGUAUUUUGGUGCCUCAAUUGCCCAUGACACCAGUUCCGCCGACUCUGCCACCUACGACGAUCCCUACCACGCCCCCGACCACGACGACAACCACUCCGAGGCCGACCUUGCCACCGCCGGUCGUUUACAAUCCGACCUGCCUGUGUAUGCUCGUUCCAGCCUGUUCUCUGGGUUACAUACCGAUUUCCGCAGUGCCGUCUCUGGAUCCUCGAGUGGUGAUCGGUCGGCAAUCCGGUGGCAGCUGCGGCAUGCCCAACAGCGUUUGCUGCCGCAUCAUGCCGGACAAUCCGGUGACUCUGCCGGCCAGCACGGGCCUCGUGCUCGCUGGCUCCGGCUCCAAUCUCGUUCCCAACAUCUUGCCGCUGGGCGACGUCAAGAAUCCCGGUACCCCGAACGCCUGCACGUGCAUGGCUCCGAACCAGUGUCCGGACGGCGAGGCGGUGACGAACGACGGCUUGGGCGCGAUCGACCCGAGAUUCGGGCCCUGCGCCAGCUCGGUCCUCGUCUGUUGCAGGCUGACGAGACGCGAGAGAGCAGACGUCGCCGUUCCAGCUGCGCUGACCUGUGGCACUCGCGACUCUACCUACGCCAAUGCCAGCCCACUGGACUCGCUCACGACUGCCUAUUUCGGCGAGUUUCCCUGGAUGGCUCUUCUGCUGGUUAGAAAGCCCGAUAGCGGGGACGUAUUGCAAUGCGGCGGAUCUCUUAUCAAUAGUAGGACGGUCUUGACUGCGGCCCACUGCGUCGUAAGUUGCGAGCCCGGUACACUGGUGGCCCGCCUCGGCGAGUGGAAUACUCAGACGUCGAGCGAGCCUCUGCCUUACCAGGAGAUCACUUCGCAGGCCAUCGUAAUUCAUCCUCAAUACGAGGCUGCCGGACUGCACAACGACUUUGCCCUCGUCAUACUAUCCCGAGCCGUCACGUACUCGGUCAAUGUCAGGCCCGUGUGUUUGCCGACCCAAGGACAGGUUUUCCCUACCAACGCGCUUUGUUACGCAUCCGGCUGGGGACGCGAUGCCUACGGUGCUGACGGCCAGUACCAAACGAUAUUGCGCAAAGUCGACUUACCGAUCGUGGACAAUGCGGCCUGCGAGACGAGUCUCAGGGCCACGAGGCUUGGCCCGCUCUUCCAGCUGCACUCCAGUUUCAUAUGCGCCGGUGGACAGGCCACCAAAGAUACCUGCCAAAAGGACGGCGGUGGACCCUUGGUGUGUGCCGAUCAAAUGGGUCGAUUCACACAGGCUGGAAUUGUAUCCUGGGGUAUCGGAUGCGGCACGAAUACGCCUGGAGUAUAUUCGAACGUCGCUCAAAGUAGACAAUGGAUCGAUCAACAACUUGCUUCGUAUGGAAUUUAUAGUUGAGAGAGAGUUUUUAAUUGUCAAGCGAUUUCCGAAACGAUUUUCACUAUGUUCGUGUAUUUUAUGAUCUAGUCUUUGACGAUAGCAUUUAUGUAACGGAACUGGUAUUCCGCGCUAUUUGUAAAUUUACGAUAAAUAUUUGUUUUUAACUUUUCAAUCGAGCAAAAAUUAAAACUCUUUGUAUAUUAAUUCUAUGCUUCGAGAUUUUAGUUUUAAGUAAUAUCGACAUUACCGAUUAAAAUUUCAAUAAAAAAUUCAUUUAAAAUUCAUUGGAUGAUUGUAGAAUUUCAAUUGCAAAUAAAAACAACCGAAAUGUUAAAUCUAA